UGUGCUACCUGCAUGAUGGGGUUUUAAACUGGCAUGUGGCACAGGAAUCAUUUUCUCUUAGUGACUGAAGCAAUGGGAGCUAUUUGGGCCUUUGUUAUUUGUGUGCUGACUGUUUGGAUUACCAAAGGCUUGUGUUUGCCAGUUGGUGGCACAAAUGAAAGACGUGAUAAUGGGCUGCAGAGGAGAAUGAUUGGAGAUUUGUCUCCCAAUGAUAUCUCCAUGAAGAAGGCCUUUGCACUUCUCCAGUCAAUGGAGUCCAUGUUGACCCAAUCUGCUAAAGAAGUACAACUGGAAACUAAUGAAGUGGAAGCUGAGGCAUCAUUUAGCUACCUGAACGAAUCUAAAAAGCUCAAAACGGAGAAACUUCUCUAUCCACACACCAACCUGACCGACAACCUGACGUCCAGCAACAACCUGACCAACAACCUGGAGGCCAACCCGACGUGCAGUGACAACGCGACAUGCAGCAACAACGCAACGUUCAGCGACGAGACGUCCAGCGACAACCUGGCCGGCAACGCAACGUGCAGCGACAACAUGACGUGCAGCGACAACGCAACGCUCAGCGACGAGACGUCCAGCGACAACCUGGCCGGCAACGCAACGUGCAGCGACAACUCGACGUGCAGUGACAACGCAACGUUCAGCGACGAGACGUCCAGCGACAACCUGGCCGGCAACACGACGUGUAGCGACAACUCGACGUGCAGUGACAACGCAACGUUCCGCGACGAGACGUCCAGCAACAACCUGGCCGCCAACGCGACGUGCAACAACGCGACGUGCAGCGACAACGCAACGUUCAGCGACGAGACGUCCAGAGACAACCUGGCCAGCAACACAACGUGCAGCGACAACUCGACGUGCAGCGACAACGCAACGUUCAGCGACGAGACGUCCAGAGACAACCUGGCCGGCAACGCGACGUGCAGCGACAACUCGACGUGCAGCGACAACGCAACGUUCAGCGACGAGACGUCCAGAGACAACCUGGCCGCCAACGCGACGUGCAGCAACAACGCGACGUGCAGCGACAACACAACGUUCAGCGACGAGACGUCCAGAGACAACCUGGCCGGCAACGCAACGUGCAGCGACAACUCGACGUGCAGCGACAACGCAACGUUCAGCGACGAGACGUCCAGAGACAACCUGGCCAGCAACGCGACGUGCAGCAACAACCCGACGUGCAGCGACAACGCAACGUUCAGCGACGAGACGUCCAGCGACAACCUGGCCGGCAACACAACAUGCAGCGACAACCUGGCCGCCAACAUGAUGUCCUGCGCCAACCUGACGACCAGCGACAACCUGACCUCUGCCAAGAAAUGAGUGUGGAACCAACAAAGUUUGUUUCUGGUUGUACUUGCUUAUUUCAAAUAAAACUAACAUUUUAUUUGUU